AUGGACUCGCAGGGAUCGAAUGCUGAGCGCACGGUGCGAUAUCUACACGAAGAAAGACUUAAACAAGGAAGUGGUCAAGCUGAUAAAACUUUACCUUGUCGCUGGUUUCUGGAUCGGUCAUUCUACUGCGUCACGCCGGGUAAUCAAUUAGAACACUUUUACAGAUAUGGUCAGGUUGAUGAAUGCAAACAUACUUGGAGAAAUAUGUAUUUGUGUUAUCGGGCGAGUAUGAUGACCGAAGAAAAGCGUCAGAACUUUCUUCAGGACACACCUCUGGAUGCAUCGAAACAACCUUAUGUGACGGAUGUUUGGGAGGAAAAAGAGGUACCAGGGUGGUAG